AUGACGCGCCCAGCUUUCACCCGAGCUGAAACCUCCGCUUGCCGAGACCGCCUGCCUUCCGAAGGCUUCGAGGGACGCCUCGCCCGCCCCUUCCCACCUGGAUCGCGGCGGCCGGGGGCGGCGCUGCUCCCUGCGAAAGGCGGCGGGAGCCGGUACUGGCCGGUGCUGGUGCCCCGCGGCAUCCGCCUCUACACCUACGAGCAGAUCCCCGUCUUCCUGAAGGACAACCCCUACAUCACCGACGGCUACCGGGCCUACCUGCCCUCCCGCCUCUGCCUCAAGAGCCUCUUCAUCCUCUCCAACGAGACCGUCAACAUCUGGAGCCACCUGCUCGGCUUUGUCCUCUUCUUCACGCUGGGCAUCUACGACCUGACGGCCGUCCUGCCGGCCGCCGGCGCCUCCCGAGAGGACUUCGUCAUCUGCUCCGUCUGCCUCUUCUGCUUCCAGGUCUGUAUGCUUUGCUCAGUAGGAUAUCAUCUUUUCUGUUGUCACCGCUCAGAGAAGACCAGCCGACGAUGGAUGGCAUUAGAUUACGCGGGGAUUUCCAUUGGCAUCCUGGGCUGCUAUGUGUCAGGCGUGUUUUAUGCAUUUUACUGUAAUAACUACUGGCGUCAGGUAUAUUUAAUCACUGUGCUGGCUAUGAUCUUGGCAGUGUUUUUUGCUCAGAUUCAUCCCAGUUACCUCACACAACAGUGGCACAGACUGCGCUCCAUCAUCUUUUGCUCGGUGUCUGGAUACGGCAUUAUUCCCACCGUCCACUGGGUUUGGCUCAACGGCGGCAUUGGUGCAUCUAUUGUACAGGAGUUUGCUCCGCGUGUAGUUGUCAUGUACUUCAUCGCUGCUGUAGCUUUUCUCUUCUAUAUUUCCAAAGUUCCAGAAAGAUACUUCCCAGGACAGCUGAACUACCUCGGCUCGAGUCACCAAGUAUGGCAUAUCCUUGCAGUGGUGAUGCUGUACUGGUGGCAUCAGUCCACGGUGUACAUCAUGCAAUAUCGACACAGCAAGCCCUGUCCCGAGUAUAGCGCAGGCGUGUGA